AUGGAAAACGAAUUCGAAUUAAAUGGCUGGUGUUUUGUCUAUUUACCAACAGAACUCAUUCCAGAUUCAAGCCUAAUCAAAGACCUAUCGACAUUUUUUCAAUCUCACGACAAUACAAAGAAUGCCUAUUCACAACGCGUGCAAAUAUAUGGUUAUUCUAAAGUGAAUCAUAAAGAAGGAAUCAAAUUAUUGACAGGAAGCUAUUUUAGCAAAUUUGCAUAUAAAGGAUUGGUUCCACAGACCUUGAUUCAACCGUUGAACUAUCUUUCUCAAGUACUUGAUGCCGUAACAAAACGUUUAAUCGAAAUUCUUGAUCAAUAUUUAGUAUUUCAACAACAAUCAUCUUUGUCUUCUCUUAUCAAACAUGCCGAUUUGCCAUUACAAGAUGAACAUUUUGGUAUGCUCGACAUUGUGUCUUACUUCAACCAAAGAAGUGGUUUCAAGCCACCAUAUAAUGGAUCAACAACCGAAGAAGUCAACUGUGUUCCACAUUAUGAUCCAGGCCUACUUUCAAUUAGUAUAUUAUCAACACACGAAGGUCUUCAAUUGAAAAAUAUGACAAAUAAUGAGUGGGUGGAUGGACCGUUAGAACCUAAUAUUGGUGUCAUUUGGCUAGGAGAAGCGGCAUCUCGAAUAACACAAAAUCGGCUAAAACCAGGUAUCCAUCGAGUCAUUUAUCCUCAAGAGCAGCAGCGGCGACUCACAGUCUGGUAUGAAGUAUGUACAGUUGAACAAUUAAGAAAUAUAAACGGUGACAAGAAAGACGAACGAAUGAUUGAUGGGGUCGUUACAUUUGGCAAUCUCCCUGGAUCGACUCCAGUGCAUGUCUUACCUGGAGAGAAAAAGCUGGAGUUUUUGAAACGAAUUGAGAUGGCAUAUGGUUUAUCAAUGAGCAAAUUGGGCUACGUAUUUUAUGAUCUUCAAACAUAUGACAUUUCAUAUCCAACAACAACAACUGAACUGCAAGAACCGAUGGACACAACAUGA